AGUUCAUGAAUUCACAAGCAAUUCUCUCUCUCACUGACGCACAACUCCUUCAGCGAUAAGAAAUUCACAGAUAACAAGUUCAAGUUUGCCUCUCUCUCUCUCUCUCUCUCUCUCUCUCUACCUUAUGGAAGGAGAAAGGAAGAAGAGGAAGAUGGAAUUCGAAGAAGAGGAUGAAGAAGCAAAGAUAGAGAAGUUCUUUGCUCUGAUCAAGAGUACAAGGCAGGUGUGUGAGAUACUCAAAGGCAGUUCAAACUGGCCACUGAGGAAGAAAGAUGAGAAUAAGAAGGAAGAGGAACCAGAUAAUAAGAGUACCGGCGGGGCAUGGAACCCGGCAUUUCAACCGGAAGACUUCCUUGAUCAAGAUGAUAAAGCCACUACUGCUGGUCAUGGUGCAGGUCCCUCGACAAUUCAAGAAGAAGACGAAAAGGAAAAAGAUAAAGGAGGUGAUGGUCUAGACCUGAAGCUUUCUCUGUAGGAAAGUUAGGAACUGUACUGUGGAAGUGUAGUAUGUAGAAACUUAAAAACUUGGAAGGCAGGUCGAUCUUGACCUAAUAGUGCAUGCACCUUCCUCUAUAUGCUUUAGGUUGACUUGUAUUCUAUUGUAGUUAAGGCAUCAAGAAUAUCAGCACCCUCUAAUUAAGCUACUAAUCUUUGU